AUGGUGUCUACGGGGCCGAAGAAGUCCUCCUCUCCGACGCUCUCGAAGCUGACGCUCAAGUCAACGGCGCCUCAGUCAACCCUCACCUCACUCCAGAAUGUGAGCAGCAACAGCACAAUGGAGGUGACUGACGCGACCAGCGUGUCGUCAGGAGCUAUCACCGCCGCCACUAGUGCAUCGGCCCAGAGCUGCUCACCGUAUUUCGCCUACUACGCAGCAGGUUUGGACGGUGUGGGCGCGUUGCAUGAUGUGGACACCGAUGACCUCGUGGCCGCGCUCGCAUCCUCGGCGCGUGACCGAGGCGACCUCUCGUUUUCUGCGUCAAUGAUGGGCGGGCCCCAUGUGGGGGAGCAACCUCCCGUCCCUGCCGCCCGGACUUUAUCAAAGCGCAAGUAUCCGAAACUGCUCACUCAGCUAGCCCGUGAGAUCCGCUGGAUGCACAAGAACUUGCGUCGUAGGUACAGCCACAAUGCCACGCCUCGUGUCAGGUGCAUUUACAGUGCAUCGCCGAGCCUGAGUAGUCUCUCCUCUGGCUCCACGGGCAUCUGCGAAGAUAGCGAAGACCUGCUCUGCACGACCAGCUUGCGCAGCUCGAUGCGGCGCUCCCCCUCUCUGCAAACCGCGAUGAUGAGCCACGGCGGCAGCAGCCCCACGCACCGUAAACGUGGUGCAGCAAGCAGUACGAAGCCAUGCAGGCGCACGCUGGAGAGCGGUGAGGUGGAGCAGGUGCAGCCUGCCGCAUUACCAGAGGUAACGCCCGACCCAUACGCACCGCCUUCGUGUCAGUACGUGGUGCGGGGCCGCGCAUUUAUGACCCCGGGGGACGACACGUUUGGCAGUGCCCGCAACGACAGCUCCGCUAGCUCUGUGAUGCGCGCGGCGUACGGCGGUAGGGUUGACAGGGCUGCGGCUGUUUGGGGGACCACCUACGUGGCCGAGUCCGCCUUCUCGCUCGGCGGGGACGGCAGAAUGGAGGACCUCUACCGGGGCCACGACGACUCACCAAGCGCGGUUGAUUUUGGCAGGGACGACACCAGCGAUGGGGAAGCAGUGAGCAAUGUCGCAGCCGGCGCGUCAGACCGACGAGGCCUCCAGGUAGACUGCACUCGCUCACCAUCAGGCAUCCACGAGGGUGCACAGGCGGGCGGCGAUGAGGCAGCUUUCGGCGACUCGUACCAGGUAUUUUUCAGCGGCGUCGUCGACCUGCAACGUCGACUGCACAACCUGAAGCAGCAGACGGCCAGCCUGCGCGCAUUCUAUGCGCAGGAGCGGCGGGCACGUCUGCGCUUCAAGGGCAAAGGUCAGCAUCUGAGUUGGACCCGCACCGUCGAGGCUGCCAACACGAUCCACUUCUGGCGCCAGAAAGUGAGCAUUUUGCGUCUCUUCGAGUCGCAGUAUCUGAGUGUGCUGAGGUCCUUCCAGCAAGAACUGCAGCUCGUCGAUCCUACAAUGGAGAAGACACGACAACUCAGGCGCUUGCCGGAGAGCGCCGCUGCGAAGCCUGACACCACGGCAGGUGUCAUGCAAGCCCGCCGCGCAUUUCUUUCCUCGUUGCAGGUGAUUGCAGCGCAGGAGCAGCAUCUGAAGAAGCUUGGUGAGCAGAUGGAGGCGUGCUGGAAGGCGAACGCCGCGCUGCGAGAGGAUCUGCGCCACUUAGAGCAGUGUGAAGCGCGCGUGCCACACAACACCUUCGCCACGGCAGGCAUGGAUGUCGAGCACUUUAUCGCUUCACUACCACCGCGGACAUCGGUCUGCGGCCUCCACAGCGCCAUCUCCUACACCUCUAUGCACUCUCUGGACAGCCUCGGAAGCACAGAAACGCCGAUGCUGCUGACGGCUCAGAACCUCUCCUUCAUGUCAAGUGACGGGGGCGAUGACAACGUCGCCAACGCGGCAAGCAAUGGAAGCUCACACAGCGGCCACAACCCCACGCCCCCCUCUCUGUGCGGCGCCGCCGCACCGGCAGCGCCGCUGGUGUCGUGCACAAAGCGCACGAGUAUCGCCUCCAGUGCCCACGCCUCGCCCGUCAAGCCAAAGCGGCUGAAGUACGUCAUCUGCUCCGUCGCGCUCGGCCAUGAAGAGGGCGGGGGUGACAGCUCCAGCAGCCGCAUCGCGCCGUCCUACAUCGGCUCCUCGACGCCGACCACCAACUCACAAAAGCGCCGACUCAGCGAACGCCAUGUGACGUUCGCGCUGGAGCCGGAGGUGCUUGACGCGCGCCCUCGCUUCAGCGCCCACAGCCGCACCGUGGAGCUGCUAGAACAGAUUUGCCUGGACAAGCAGUCGCCGUGUAAUGCGUUGUUGCUGCUGCAGAGUGCGCUGGCAGAGCGUCUUGAUCAGCUGGUGCAGCUACGCGGGUCGUGGGAUGGCGCCAUAACAGGCGAAGCGCUGACCCUGACGCCAAGCGUCACGCCACAGCCGUGCACGUUCGACACCUUCAGCAGCGGCGGUACCGUGUGCCACUCACGCGAUAAACUCACGGUUCCGUCACCAAAGUCGCUUCGAUCGCCCACCACAUCAACGUUGAUGACGAAAGGGGAAAGUAGUCGAUACAGCAAGGUGAAGCAGAAGGCGUGUACGACGUGCUCCACUAUGUGA